AUGUCGGGUGCGGUGGGCCGUGAGGCAGUCUUCCCGACUCGCCAGUCCCUCGGAUUGAUGAAGGGGAAAUUGAAGGGCGCCGAGACCGGUCACAGCUUACUGAAGCGCAAAUCCGAAGCUCUUACCAAACGUUUCCGCGAAAUCACCCGCCGCAUCGAUGAAGCCAAGCAGAAGAUGGGCCGCGUGAUGCAGAUCGCCGCCUUCUCGCUGGCGGAGGUGAGCUACGCCGUGGGCGGCGACAUCGGCUACCAGGUGCAGGAGUCGGCCAAGCAGGCGCGGUUCCGCGUGCGCGCUAAGCAGGAGAACGUGUCCGGCGUGCUGCUGCCGCACUUCGAGAGCUACACCGAGGACUCGAUCAACGACUUCGGGCUGACGGGGUUGGGUAAAGGUGGGCAGCAGGUCCAGCGGUGCCGGGAGACGUACGCGCGGGCCGUGGAGACGUUGGUGGAGUUGGCGAGUUUACAGACUGCGUUUGUGAUUUUGGAUGAGGUGAUUAAGGUGGUUAAUCGCAGAGUGAAUGCUAUUGAGCACGUUAUCAUCCCCCGCACGGAGAACACGAUCAAGUAUAUCAACUCCGAACUCGACGAACUCGACAGAGAGGAGUUCUACCGUCUCAAGAAGGUCUCCGGCAAGAAACAGCGAGACACCGCUGCCGCCGACGCCGAGAUCCUGGCUGCGCGGGAGAAGGCCAAGGCCAAGGCGGAGGCUGCCGCCGCUUCCGCCGCCGCCGCUGCAGCCAACGGAGAGGAAGCGCCCGCCGAGGAGGUAGAAGAAGAGAAAGCGGCCGCAGAAGAAGAAGAGGCCCCCGAAGCACCGGACGUGCUCGGCGAGCAGGAAGAUGCCGACGUGAUUUUCUAA